GGGGCCGCUGGGACAGGAAGUGCGCGCGGCCCGGGGCUGAUGCUGGCGUCGGACCAGGCCGGUGGGCGGCUCAGGGUCUACUGGCUCAGCCAUGGGCCUCCUGUCGGACCCCGUGCGCCGACGCGCGCUCGCCCGGCUCGUGCUGCGCCUCAACACGCCGCUCUGCGUGCUGAGCUACGUCGCGGGUGUCGCCUGGUUUUUGGCGCUGGCCUUCCCGCCGCUGACCCAGCGCACUUACAUGUCGGAGAACGCCAUGGGCUCCACCAUGGUGGAGGAGCAGUUUGCAGGCGGAGACCGCGCCAGGAGCUUCGCCCGGGACUUCGCUGCCCACCGCAGGAAGUCGGGGACUCUGCCAGUGGCCUGGCUGGAGCGGGCGAUGCGCUCAGUGGGGCUGGAGGUCUACUCACAGAGUUUCUCCCGGAAACUGCCCUUUCCAGAUGAGACCCACGAGCGCUAUAUGGUGUCCGGAACCAACGUGUACGGCAUCCUGCGGGCUCCACGCGCAGCCAGCACGGAGUCUCUGGUGCUCACGGUCCCUUGUGGCCCAGACUCUCCCAACAGCCAGGCUGUAGGACUGCUGCUGGCACUCGCUGCCCACUUCCGGGGACAGAUUUACUGGGCCAAAGACAUCAUCUUCCUGGUGACGGAACACGAUCUCCUGGGUACCGAGGCUUGGCUGGAAGCCUACCACGAUGUCAAUGUCACAGGUAUGCAGUCAUCUCCACUGCAGGGCCGGGCUGGGGCCAUCCAGGCAGCCGUGGCUCUGGAACUGAGCAGUGACGUGGUCACCAGCCUUGACGUGGCCGUGGAGGGUCUCAAUGGGCAGCUGCCCAACCUUGACCUAAUCAACCUCUUCCAGACCUUCUGCCAGAAAGGGGGGCUGCUGUGCACACUUCAGGGCAAGCUACAGCCCCAGGACUGGUCAUCGGUGGACGGACCACUGCAGGAUCUUCAGACGCUGCUGCUCAUGGUUUUGCAGCAGGCUUCUGGCCGUCCCCAUGGGCCCCACGGCCUCUUCCUACGCUACCGCGUAGAGGCCCUAACACUCCGUGGCAUCAAUAGUUUCCGCCAGUAUAAGUAUGACUUGGUGGCAGUAGGCAAGGCUUUGGAGGGCAUGUUCCGCAAGCUCAACCACCUCCUGGAGCGCCUGCACCAGUCCUUCUUCUUCUACCUGCUCCCUGCACUCUCGCGCUUUGUGUCCAUUGGCCUCUAUAUGCCUGCGGUCGGCUUCUUGCUCCUGGUCCUCGGUCUCAAGGCUCUGGAACUCUGGAUGCAGCUACACGAAGCUGGAGUCAGCGCUGAGGAGUCAGGUGGGACUCGUGGACCCAGCCCGCCCCUCGCCCCAGCACAGGGUGUGGGGUUCACCUCACUUGUGGCGCCCUUGCUGAUCUCACAGGCCAUGGGCCUGGCCCUCUACUUCCUGCCAGUGCUGGGCCAACAUGUGGCAGCCCAGCACUUCCCUGUGGCUGAAGCCGAGGCUGUGGUGCUAACAUUGCUGGCCGUAUAUGCGGCAGGCAUGGCACUUCCUCACAACACUCACUGGGUGGUUAGUUCACAGGCCCCAGACCGGGGUUGGAUGGCACUGAAACUCGUAGCACUCAUCUACCUGGCACUACAGCUGGCCUGCAUUGCCCUCACUAACUUCUCACUGGGCUUCCUGUUGGCUGCUACCAUGGUGCCUGCUGCUGCACUCACAAAGCCUUCUGGUGCCCGGCCCCUCUUUGCCACCCUGUUGGUGCUGACCAGCCCAGCAGCCACACUCCUGGGCUGCCUGUUCCUAUGGCGGGAGCUGCAGGAGGCCCCGCUGUCACUCGCAGAAGGCUGGCAGCUCUUCCUGACGGCACUGGCACAGGGAGUGCUGGAGCACCACACCUAUGGUGCCCUGCUCUUCCCACUGCUGGCGCUGGGCCUCUACCCCUGCUGGCUUCUUUUUUGGAACAUCCUCUUCUGGAAGUGACUGCCACAUAUCCUCAAGCGGAAAACUGGGGUUGGGAGUUCCCAAACACUCGUUUCCACCCCCCAUGUUCUCUUUUUCCUGGGAAAUAAACAGGCACCUUGAUUUGGCCACCA